AUGGGGGACGAAACACCAAAUACUAUGAAUCUUGAUUUGAAUUUGGGGCCAGAUGUUCAGUCUUCAUCCCAAAAUGAGCCGGGUUCAGGAUCGUUGCCCCAUAGGUCUAUGAAUUUGGAGGAAUUUUUAGACGGCCCUGUCCAUAGGCUCAGCGAAGCUGUUAGGCAGAGGAGACAACGAUGGCGAUCAGUGUGGAGACCUUUUCCACUUCUACCUGAAACUAGGAAUAUUGCUCUAGAGUUGAUCGGAGGGAGUGGAUUGCAAACUGGUGAGGGCAGUGUUGCUGCUGAGGAAAGGCCUACUGAGGUGGCCAAAGCAUGUGAUAAUAAUAAUGGAUUAUUGGAAGAUGUUGCCUUAGGAAAGAAGGAAGAUGAUGAAAAGGUUAAUGGUGAUGAGGGUAGCUUUUUUGAUUGUAAUAUAUGUCUGGACUUGGCUAGAGACCCUGUUGUGACUUGUUGUGGCCACUUGUUUUGUUGGCCUUGCCUUUACCGAUGGUUACAUGUCUACUCGGAUGCCAAGGAAUGUCCCGUUUGCAAGGGAGAGGUGACAGUUAAAAAUGUUACACCAAUUUAUGGUCGUGGCAACAAUUUGCAUGAGCCAGAGGAGGAUUCGAGUAAUAAGGUCCCUCAUAGGCCCCAAGCACGGCGGGUUGAGAGCUGGAGUCAAACUAUUCAAAGGACUGCUUUCACUAUUCCAAUGGAGGAAAUGAUUCGACGGCUUGGCAGCAGAUUUGAUUUGACCCGGGAUUUGUUACAAGUCCAGCCUCAGAAUCUUGAUGGUCCCCAUGAAUCGCCAGAGAGGAGCAACUGGUUGCUUAACCGAAUUCUGACUUCAAGAGGGAUGCGCAGAGAACAGAAUACAGUUGUCCCACCUGAUGAUCUGGUCGACUUAACACAGAGCAGUCCAACCAACUCUGAGAUGGGAGAAAAUCGGCGGCUUUCAUCCAUUUUACUUCGAAGAUCGCAUUCGCAUAGGGCUGCUACUAUCUCUAACCUUACUUCUGCAUUGAGUUCUGCGGAGAGGUUAGUUGAGUCAUAUUUCCGUAAUAAUCCUGUAGAAAGAAAUCAAGAGCAGCCUUCCCCUGUUGAUGAUAGAGAUUCAAUGUCAAGCAUUGCUGCAGUUAUACACUCAGAGAGUCAAACAGUAGAUAAUGCUGUUGAAACAGAUUCUACAGUAUCCUUUUCUACUUCAUCAUCCAGAAGAAGAAAUGAUGCUUCAAGGGUUUCUGAUGUGGAUAGUGGAGAUUCUCGGGCACCCAGGAGGAGGAGAUUGAACUGA